AUGAGCUCGUAUGUGAACCGAGGGAAGACCUCUAAAAAUACGAGAAAGACUUCAGGUAAACUUGAACAUACAUUUCCCGACCACGAUGAUUUUUCCUUAGAAGCCACAGUUGAUUAUUCCCAAGAAGCCACAACUUCUCCCACAAAUAAUGCUUCAAAUCACAGCUACUUUGACAAUUUGAUUAACCCUAAAAAUAACGAUCAAGCUAAAUCGACUAACAAGUCACCCAAUCGAAUUAGGAACUACUCCAUCAGCGAGGCAUUCAAUUACAGUAAUAACCUGAAUAAUCCCAAUUUUGAUAUAAGUGGUCGAAGCUAUGUUAGUAUGAGCCAUAGACCAAGCAUACUUGAGAGCACGAGCUCGCCCCAAGUGAAUACCGGUGCUGAAGUGCACGAACAAACUGCAAACCUUGCCAACAUCGGUGUAUUUGAGAACGAGGAAGGAAGUAGUGAAGAAAAUAUGUAUGACGCCCUCAUUCCCGAAGAAGAAUUCUCCGAGCAAUCGAACCAUUUGAAAAUGAGGCCAUCCCCUAUAGGAGGAUACGAGAGACCUUCGUCGUCGCCGACCUACUCGAGCAUAACUCCCUUGCUUGCUGAUCUGCAUACCAGCUACACCCAUGGAGAUGAAGAGGGAAUGAUAGGGGUACAUCAGCCGCUGAAAUCGCUGAGUCAGAACGUAUCGGACUCCAAAAGACAGUCAGAUGUCUCAACAACGCCACAAAGAAGACCAUCAAUGCCAGAAAAACAACCCGAGCCAAGCCAUUUACAUCAGUUACUCGUCAAACCGUUUCAGUUUAUUCCAGGUGUGUUUUUGGGAACCUUGUUGAACAUUUUGGAUGGAUUGUCUUACGGAAUGAUCAUGUUCCCGAUAAGUGAGCCCAUUUUUGCCGCUUUGGCACCAGCGGGGCUAUCAAUGUUCUACAUGUCGUGUAUUGUGUCCCAGUUGGUAUAUUCUCUAGGUGGAUCGGCAUUUAAGGCAGGUAUUGGAUCUGAAAUGAUUGAAGUCACUCCAUUUUUCCAUACUAUGGCGUUUAGCAUCUCCAAACUGAUCAUGUCAAACGGCUCCAUAGAAAACCAACAGGAUGCUAUAAUUGCAACAACCAUUACUUCGUAUGCAAUUUCCUCUAUUGUGACAGGAUUGGUCUUUUUUAUGCUAGGAAAGUUAAAGUUGGGUGUAUUGGUAGGAUUCUUUCCUAGACAUAUUCUUGUUGGCUGUAUUGGAGGAGUGGGUUACUUCUUAAUAGCCACUGGUAUCGAGGUAUCAUCAAGAUUGGAAGGAGGUCUAACUUAUAACUACGAAACAUUCAAGUAUUUGUUUUACAAUCAUAUCACAUUGCUAGAAUGGACGGUACCACUAGUAUUGGCGGUGAUUUUGAUUGUGCUUCAACAUAGAAUUCAUAAUUCAUUACUUGUGCCAGUCUAUUUCAUUGCUGUGUUUGCAAUAUUCCAUUUGAUAGUAUUGUUAAUUCCAUCAUGGAGUUUGGAAGACGCAAGGAAAAUGGGAUGGGUGUUUCCUGCAGUAGAGGAUGACCAACCUUGGUUUGAGUUUUACGAAUUAUAUAAAUUUCAACUAGUAGACUGGUUUUGCAUCGUGAGACAGAUUCCAACAAUGUUGGCAUUAACUUUCUUUGGUAUCUUGCAUGUUCCAAUCAAUGUGCCCGCUUUGGCAGUGUCAGUCAGAAUGGACGAUGUUGAUGUUAAUCGAGAACUAGUUGCCCACGGCUACUCGAAUGCUAUCUCCGGUUUAGUUGGAUCAAUCCAAAAUUAUUUGGUGUACACCAAUUCGGUGUUGUUUAUUAGGGCUGGUGCAAAUGAAAGGCUUGCUGGAAUCAUGUUAGCAAUAGCGACGGCGGCAGUUAUGAUUGCAGGGCCUGUAGUCAUUGGCUAUAUCCCAGUUUGCGUCGUGGGUGCAUUGAUUUAUUUAUUAGGUUACGAGCUUCUCAAAGAAUCUAUAUGGGACACUAUCGGACGAUUGAGGAAGAUUGAGUACUCUACUAUUAUUAUAAUCGUGGUGACUAUGGGUGCAAUUGAUUUUGUUGCAGGAAUCGGUAUUGGUAUUCUUUUAGCGUGCUUAUCAUUUGUGGUUGAAGCUGCAAGAACCCCAGUCGUACAAGGUAUUUACUCCGGUAGUGUUGCCCGAUCAACCGUAUUGCGCCAUCCAAAACAACAAGAGUUUUUGAAAAACGUGGGCGAGCAGAUUUGUAUUGUUAAAUUGCAAGGAACAAUAUUUUUUGGAUCAAUAGGUGGGGUGGAAAAGGAAAUAAGGUUGAUUUUCGAAACUGACAAAUUUGACAAAAGGCCAGUUAAGUUUUUGAUAAUUGAUAUGAAGGGGGUUAUAUCCUUGGAUUUCUCAGCUGCUGAGGGCUUUAGGAGAAUAUUAAAUUUGGCAAAUGAAUUCAAAACGCAGUUGAUCAUAUCUGGGGUGAGUGAAGAUGAUGAUACGAUCCAAGGAUUGCGUGACGCUGGUCUUUUUGAAAACAGCGAACAAAACGAUGGCUCAUCUCCACCUAUUGAACUAUUCAGCUCAUUGAAUUAUGCGUUGGAGUGGUGUGAGAACUCAUUUUUGAAAACGUACAAGAGCUUGAAAAAGAGUAAUCCAUUGGAUCAUGCAACUCGCCACACAUCGUCAAGAUCAGUUCCAGGGGCCAAAAUUAAUAGUACAAGUACAAACACGCUUGUGAACCCGAGUUCAAGCGGAAGCAUGGCAAGAUUCUCAUCAAUUCAAUCUCCAUCUUCAUUAAGCAACAAAUUAUUUAACCAGUUUGGUGGUGAAUUUGGAACACCAAGAACCAAGCAAGUGCUUCAAGCGGCAAGUAAAACAGUUUAUGACGAGCAAAAAACUCAACACAAAUUACAUCUGAAUGCAAACAGUCAGUUUUUACAAAAACAACCUUUACCUUUGAUGAUGAUUACCUUUCAAGGUUUGUGUUCUAAAGAUGCUGAAUUCUGGGCACCAUUGGCUCCAUAUUUUGUCAAAGAACAAAUUCCAGAAAAUCUACAAUUCUACAACACAGCUAAGGAUGAGCCAUCUUUCUUCAUUGUCGAACUGGGAUUAGUUAGAUCGGUGAUCAAGUUUGGACCAGAGGGAAGAGAAUUACACAGCUCAAUUGUUCCUAUGGUUGCAUUUGGUGAUUUGGAUGAUGCAUCCCAUUAUAGACCAAUUACAUAUACUACAGUGAAUGAUUCGGUCGUGUGGAAAUUGUCCAAAGCUAAUAUCAAAGAAAUGUUAAAACUGCAAGGAUCAAAGGGGGAAGCCAUCUAUCAUGAAUUAUUGGAGAUUGAAGCUAAGUUAAUAAGAGAAAGAUUUGACACAAUGACUGCAAAUUUGAUCAUAUCAGGAUAG